AGUGGUCACAAAAAAAAAUGUUCGAAAGAUUUUAAUAAUCCAAGAAGUUCAGGGAGAAGACGCCAAGACCGCCAUGAUCGCCGUCUCUGAGGAGGUGGGAUCAUUCAAGCUAAUGCUAACAUUUAGCCCAACUGGAAGCUAAAGCUAACUCAAGCUAAUUCUAACAUUUAGCCUAACUAGAAGCUGAAGCUAAUGUUAACUCAAGCUAUGGCUAACAUUUAGCCCAACUGGAAGUUAAAGCUAACUCAAGCUAAGGCUAACAUUUAGCCCAACUGGAAGCUAAAGCUAACUCAAGCUAAGGCUAACAUUUAGGAUAUCUGGAAGCUCGGGCUAACUUACAACAAAACAACGCCAGGGUGUCCUGACCCGGGCAAUUUUUAGCUAUCCAGUAAAACGAUUGAUAAAAAUGAUCGUGUAAUGUAUUCAGGCUAUUUAACGGUAUUAAAGUAAGCGUUACCUCCCUACCUCUCGAGCCAAAUAGUGUUUCAAUUAUGAAAGUUAAAAUGUUUUCCAGUCUAUAAAAGGACGCUAACGCCGGUGAAUUAGCCGUGCACUGGUAUAGCCCUGACCCAGGAAGACGUCAAUCGUCAUUGUAAACAUUUUUUUUAGAUUAAAUUAAAUAUUAGUCGUUCACAUGUAUUAUUGACAUUACUAAAGUCUUCUAGGCGUUCGACAAAAAUACUGGAAACCGCGUGAAAUUGCGGUGUCCAGGUCAGGGCAAUACUGGCUUCCGCUGUCACUGUCCAGGUCAGGACACCGUUAUAGCUAACAAUUACAGUUAGCCUAACUAGAAGGAAAAGCUGAUUUUUAGUCAAGGCUAAUAGUUAGACUGAGGGUCUGGAUAAUUUAAGACAAGUCUAACUGGCCAAUUAAAGCUACAAACGCAGUAAUGGCUAAUUCCAGAUAAGUCUCAACAGCAAAGCUCACCAGAAACAAUUGCUAAUUUAGGAGAUCUCAAUAUCAAAGCUAACUAGAAGCUAUGGCUAAUUCAAGAUGACUCCUAACGUAAAAGCUAACUAGACGCUAUGGCUAAUUUUAGAACCAGAACAACUGAGCUAACUAGAAGCUAUGGCUAAUUAGUAACAAACACCCCUCUGCCCUCAGGUGACCUGCCCGUUGCUUAGCAACCCGGGGACGAGCAGAAGCUGGGCGGUGGGAUUAGCCGAGGAGGCUCUGAGAUCCAUGGAGCGACAGAGGAACGAGGCUCUGGUGGUGAAGGGGCAGAUAGAGGGACGCACCUUUCUGGCUUAUCCCGAUGCUUUGCGUGACGAAUGUCUCCAUGACAACGCACUCCAUGACGACAGCUUCCAAGGCGACACUGAAGGGCGAAGGUGGUUGGACAUGCAGCUCCUCCACGCCUGUGAUUCCACCAUCAUGGAGUGGAUGAAGCUGGUAUCAGAGGUCCUGCAGCAGGACUCAUCUCAGCUGGUUCUGGAUGGACAGGAGCCUCUUCCCUCAGCGGAGUUUAACUUCUGGAGGAGCAGACUGAGGAACCUGCACUUCAUCCAGCAGCAGCUGAUGAGUAGCAGAGCUCAGCAGGUGUUGUCCAUUGCUCAGAGUGCAGAGAGCGUCUACUUUUCCAGUCUGAAGGACCUUCACACAGACAUCCAGAAAGGUCUGGACGAGGCUGAAGACGUCACCAGGAACCUGAAACCUGUCCAGGAGAAGCUGGACGAACUUCAGCAGAUGGAGUACCAGCAGGUGGGGGACAACAUGGCUGCCGUGAUGGAGGAGGUGCGACUGGUGUGGAUCAAGUCUGAGUUCUACUGUUCUACUAGAGUUGUGGUCCUGCUGCAGGAGAUCUGCACCCUGUUCAUACAGAUGAGCAGGAGCUUCCUGCAUGGAGAGGACUUGAUGAGACCUGUGGGGUCAGAACUUGGUCAGAAGAUGGAUGAUGUCACUCUGGUGAUCUGGACCCUUAAGAGCCUCAAAGAGGCCUUUAGGCUGUGCAGAACCCAGCUGGAGGACCAGAGACAGGACGGAGACACUCUGAGCUGGGACUUUCCUUCACACCUGGUCUUCUUCAGGCUGGACCACUUCCUGCUCCACCUGCAGGGCAUCCAGGAGGUGUUCAGUGUCAGCCAGCAGCUGCAUCAGUUGGAGUGGACGGUGCUGUCUGGUGUUGGAGGCCGGACGAGGACUGAUAUGGUCCAGGAGGUGUAUCAGGACUUCCUGUGUCAUGUGACGGUUCUGAGUGACCUCAACUGUGACCCCAGCGACCCUGACGACCAGAGCUUCCUCAAGCACCGGAGUCAGUUCUGGGUUCAGGUGUCGGACCUGGAGACACGGCUGGUGUCGGUCCUCAGCAGAGCCUUUGUGGACUGCUGCGUCUCCUCCUCCGGAGAAAAGCUGGUGAAGAUGUUUGGGUUCAUCCUGGACCGUCCCCUGAUCCAUGAUCAGCUGCGUCCUCACCUGGUCCGCCUGGAGGAGAUGGUCCUGGAGGAGCUGGAUCAGAUCGAGCAGCUGUUCUUCAGUCAGAGAGAAGAGUCAGACACAUUCUGCAUGUUCACUCCGUCUCAUGCAGCCCGACUCUGCUGGAGUCAGCAGCUCAGGCGGAGAGCUGAGACCACUCUGAACCACCACAGGACUCUCCAACAGCUGGACCUGGAUUCAGGUGACUCCUACCUGGUCCUACAGAGGUUCUAUCACAUUGAGGAUCUUCUGCAGGACUUCGAGGACAGACUGCGGUCCGACUGGAGUUCUCAGCUGGACUCUGACUGUGGAUUCAUCCUGGAGCAACCGGUCAUACAGAACAACCAGCAAGGCAUGCUGGGAGUUAACUGCAGCCACAAGCUGCAGGUGGUGUUGAGGGAGCUCCGGUAUGUGAGCAGGAAGACAGACGUAAAGCUCCGCCCUUCUGCUGCCCGACUCUUCACCUUCAGAGAUGACAUCACAAGGAACUACCUGAGCCUGAGUCACAUGGUGUCCUGUUACAAGCAGGUGGUGAGUGGCGUCCUGCCAGCGGAGCUUUCUCUGAUCCAGGAUCAGCUGCAGGUCCUGGGCCUGAACCAGAAUCUGUCAGAGCUGCAGAGAUACACCUGGGGCAGCGAAGGUUUGCAGCAGCAGGUGGAGCAGAGCAGAGACACGGUGUUGCUCCUCCACUCCAGAGUGAGCCAGGCCCGAGCCAACAUGGACUCCAUGACACGCAUCAUACAGGGUUGGGCAGAGCUUCACCUCCUGCAGCGCUCAGGUGAGUCACUGCUGGAGCUCGGAGAUGUGGAGCAGAGCUACAAACACAUCAGAGAGGAGGGAGAGGAGCUGCUCAGGUUAACACAGGUGAACAGGAGCCUGUACGGAGUUGAAGACUCCUCUGAUUCUUGGAACAUGUAUCUGGACCACCUGGAUGACAAAGUCCUGGAUGGACUGUUCCAGCUGGUGCUCAGAUCCCUGCACUUCCUGUUGGACCACAUGGACCCGCGGAGCUGCAGUGCAUUUCUCACGGUCAGUCUGAGGCUGCAGGAAACAGGAAGUGUGUUUGAGCCGUCGGUGGGCGUCGGCCUCUCGGACCUCCUGCAGGCCGUCAUCUCUGACAUUUACACAGCGGCCAGUCUGCCAUUGAGGAUCUCUGGGAGUCGCCACAGCAACUACCAGGUGUCCCUGCAGCAGAGUUUGGAUCUCUCUGCACUAAAACAGGAAGUGAAGAAUCGCCUGCAGCAGGUGAGGGAGGAGGCGGAGCUUCUGUUGACAAGGCUGGACAGGUACUCGUACCUUUGGCUGAGCGACAGGAAGCGGGUGAUGGAGGAGUUUCUGACCUACAGCAGACCGCUGGGACCUGAGGAGCUGGAGGCGGGAGAGACCCCGCCCACCCUAAAUGACUUCCUGAGAGAGAUCAAUUCUCUCAACACACUGAGGGAAGAGGUGACUCACUUGGAUGACGUCGUCCUUCUGCACAGCUGGCUGCAGGUGGACCUCCGAGCCUUCAAAGACUCGCUGCUGUCAGUUGUACACAAAUGGAGACACCUGUACACAGAUUACCUGCUGGACUCAGUCAGUGACCGUCUGCAGCAGGUGACUCCCCAAUGUGAUGAUGUAGAGUCUGCCUCUUCGUCCAGCUUCCCUCUGACAGAAACCAUCAUCCUGCUGGAAGCUGCAGGAGUCCAGCUGCCUGACAGGUUCUUCUUCUAGCUCAUAGUUGCAGAGCUGAUGCCCUGGGGAGGAAACGGCUGGAGACAACUGGACCACUCGAGUCAUUGUGACGAUUAAAAGUUCACUUCUGAUGACUAA